GUGAGCAGACAGUUCAAGCAAUGUCACAGGACAACAUCCUGGGCAAAGUCAAAACUCUUCAGUCGACUAAGCAGUAUGUUCCUGCGACAGUUGGGCACGAACAUCAAGUUUGGGCAGCCACCACCCAAUGCCAUUCCCAUGAAGAAGGCAGACAGUGGCGAGGCUCACUUGGAAGAGGAUCCGUUCCUGACCAGUCCCAUGGAAAUUGUGGCUCAGCAGGACGUCAUCCUCUCAGACACCGAGAACAAAUCCAGUGAGACGCCAAGUUCUCCGAGUCCUCUGAACCCGCCUGGAGCCGGAAGUGAGAUGGAAGAGAAGGCUGCUCCAGUUAAACCGUCUCGGCCAAAAAGGCACUUCUCCUCUGCCGGCACCAUCGAAAGCGUCAACCUAGAUGCCAUCCCCCUGGCCAUCGCCCGCCUGGACAACAGUGCCGCCAAGCACAAACUGUCCAUUAAGCCAAAAAAACAGAGGGUGUCAAGGAGGCACAGGCGACUUGUCGGGGAUCGACAGAACGAGCAAGGUGGCUUCCGGCAUCAGCUGUCCCUAGACCAGAAUGGGCACCCUGGAGAAGACAAGCCAAUCUGGCAUGAAGAGGAGCCAGAGGCGCUGGACUCGGAGGAAGAGAAGCGACGCCAAGAAGAAUACUGGCAAGAACUUGAGGCCAAGUGCAAACGGCAAAAGGCCGAAGCGGCAGAGAGGCGACGCCUGGAAGAGCAGAGGCUCCAGGCCCUGGAGAGGAGGCUUUGGGAGGAGAAAAGAAGGCAGGAGGAGCUCUUGGAGGAGGAAGGGGAGGAAGAGGAGGGAGAAGUACAGCUAGAGGCAGCAAAGAGGCAGCGUGAAGAGGCGGCACAGAGUCCGGAAGAGCCAGGCUGCCGAGACCCAGAGCGGAGGGAGCAAGACGAAGGAGGGCCCCCGGAAGCCGAGGAGCCGAGACGCCUGGAGGAAGAGGCGUGGCGCCUGGCGGAAGAGGCGCGGCGCCUGGAGAGACGCGCGCAGCAGGAGGAGCUGGAGGCUCGGGGCCGGCAGGAGGCCGAGGAGCUGCGGCGGGAAGAAGAGGAAAGAGCGUUGGAGGAACUCAGAAGACUGGAGGAGCAGAGGCGGCGGGCGGCCGAGAAGCAGCGGCUGGAAGAGGAGAGGCGGCGGGAGGAGCUCAGGCGGCAGGAGCUGGAGGCGCAGAGGCAGCGGGAGGAGGAGGAGAAACGGAUGCAGGAGCUCAAAAGGCAGGAAGAGCUGGAGGCGCAGAGACUGCGGGAGGACGCGGAGGCGAAGAGCAGGCAGGAAGCGGAAAAGAAGCUUCAGGAAGCACCGAGAGUGGAAGAGGAGAAUCAGCCGCUGCUGGACCACAAAAGGGGCUUGAGGAGCCCAUUUCAGAGCGACAUUGCAGAGAAAGCAGAACAAGAACACCUGAAACUCGAGAAGCCAAGAGAAAACUCUGAGGAACCGAGUAUUUGGGUGAAGCAGAGCCAAGAGGCCACCGAGCCAUCAGGCGAGCAGCCCGGAAAGCAGGGGGAUGUUCCCGGGGAUCAUCGUUGUGGAUGGCAGGAAGAGAGGGAAGAAACCAACGCAGAGCCGCCCCAGAAACAAGAGGCCCAGGUGGAAGAGGCGUUGGCUCCAGGAGAGAAGAAAGAAGCUGCCGCUCCAGAAACAGACAGAAAGGUGGAGGAACUCAGAUGGCAGGAGGUAGAUGAGAGGCAGACCAUGCCCAGACCCUACACUUUCCAGGUGUCAUCUGGAGGGAAACAAAUUCUCUUCCCCAAAGUCAAUCUGAGCCCGGUGAAGCCCAUGAAAGAUGAGGGGCUUGCCUCUGGUCCCCAAGAGCCAAAGGUCCCCAAAGCCAGCCCGGCCUCCCACGCCCUGCCCUCGUCCCUGAGCAUCCCACACACGGCCAUUCUGGUUACGGGAGCCCAGCUCUGCGGCCCAGCCGUCAACCUGAGCCAGAUCAAGGACACAGCGUGCAAGUCUCUUCUGGGCUUGUCAGAAGAAAAGAAGCACGUAGAUGUCCCUGCCCUGGAGAACCCACCCCGAGCCCCAGGCGACCCCCGGGCAGGAAGUGGGAAGACCAGGCCCUCACAGGAGUCUCCGAGCAGCAUGGCCGCGCUCGCUGAGUGGGCUUCCAUUCGGUCCAGAAUCCUGAAGAAUGUAGAGAGUGACCAGCGCGGCGAGAGAGACGAGUCUCGGCCGGGUGAUGAACAGACUCCCAGGGGCCGAUGUGAUUCCCGCGGGAACCUCCGGAGGACCCCGCCGGUAAAUGCGAAGUUCUCCAUUAAGCCUGCCUGGCAGAAAUUCUCUGAUGGGGGCUGGGAGACCUCCAAACAGAACACGGAAGCGGAAAGCAUUAGAAAAAGAUCCCUGCCGGGCCCCAGCGAAGAGGCCCGGCCCCAGCUCGCUGCUGCUGAUACUAAAGAGCCUGUGAAGGGUGCAGAGAAACCGGGGGCGCACCAGGAGCCAACGGACACCACAGAGGGGUGCAAGUUUGCCAAAGACCUUCCAUCUUUCCUUGUUCCAAGCCUUCCUUACCCUCCACAGAAAGCAGUGGCCCAAGCAGAACCCGUGGUCACUUCGGACAGCGAGACCACAGGUGGAGUAGGAAAGCCGGAGCCCGUGAUGCCAGGUGGGGAGGAUAAAGCUUCCCCUUUUGGAAUAAAAUUGAGAAGGACCAACUACUCCUUGCGCUUCCACUGCGACCAACAAACAGAACAAAAGAAGAAGAAAAAGCACGGCAGCGUGGGGGACAGUAUCAGUGGGGCACCGUCAGCUCCGGGGAGCACAGCUGGAGAGAGAGAGACAGAGGCUGCGGCCCUCAAGCAUGGCCCGUCCCUCCCCCCCGAGAGGAAGCAAGCCCCGGCUCCCUGGAAGGACUCUGCUGAAAGCCCUCCCAGCCAGUCUCCUCUUGCAGCCCAGCCUGGGCCCCCAGCAGCCAGCAGCCAGCCCCCGGCUCCAGAGCAGGACAGGGCAGCAAACAGAACGCCCUUGGCCCAGAAGCCAGCCCUGGCUCCCAAGCCCGCGGGCCAGACUCCACCGUCCUCCCCGAUCUCCAAGCUGAGCAGGCCCUACUUGGUGGAGCUGUUGGCUCGCCGGGCGGGGAAGCCUGACCCGGAGCCCGGCGAGCCGUGCAAGGAGGGCCGGGACAACGGGGACCCCCGGAUACCCUCAGCCCCGACGACUGAGGAGAGGAAGGACCAGAAGCGGGAUGAGGAGGAAGAGGUGGAAACAGAGAGGAAGCCAGCUUCCCCGGCUCCGUCUGCCGCCCGGCAAGAAAAGCCUUCCGCAACACCCGAGGCGGGGAGGAAAGAAAAGCCGACGCUUCAGAGCAGACACUCUCUAGACGGCUCCAAACUUGCGGAGAAAGUUGAAACCGCGCAGCCACUGUGGAUAACGUUGGCACUGCAAAAGCAGAAGGGGUUUCGGGAGCAGCAAGCGACUCGAGAGGAGAGGAAGCAAGCCAGGGAAGCCAAACAGGCAGAAAAGCUCUCCAAAGGAAACGUCAGUGUCAGCCCGCAGCCUGGAAGCAGCAGUGUCAGCAGAGCUGGUUCCCUGCACAAGUCCACCGCUCAGCCGGAAGAGAAGAAGCCAGAGACAGCAGCGUCCAGGCUCGAGCGCCGAGAACAGCUGAAAAAGGCCAACACUCUUCCUACAUCUGUGACAGUGGAGAUCUCUGAUUCGGCUCCCCCAGCACCACUGGUGAAAGAAGUCACAAAGAGAUUCUCUACCCCAGACGCUGCCCCCGUGUCAACAGAACCAGCCUGGCUGGCUUUGGCCAAAAGGAAAGCCAAGGCCUGGAGCGACUGUCCACAGAUUAUUAAGUAAAGAGUGACUCUUAUCCAUUCCUAUUGCCAGUUAUUGGCUCUUCUCUUGCCCUUUUUAUUUAUUUAUUUUUUAUAUGAGGUAAAGAAAGAAACGAAGCUAGGGAAAAGCAGCAUGUUUUAUAGGCUCUAAAAUAAUGUUUAGAAACUGAACUGGUGGUGUUCCUUGUAAAGAGUGUAUUUGCACAACCCUAGGUUCUGGUGCCUUGAGCUCCUCCUAGUUCUAAAGAGAAAAUUCCGUCCUAGGGACCACAUGAAGCAAAAUCUCCAGACUGAGAACUUCUCACGAGAGCCUGCCACACCCAUUCCAUGGCCCUUCCACACACAUACACCCACACACCAUUCAGAAGAUGUACUUUUGCCAAUCUUUGUAAUAGUUUUCUUGAUUCUGUACUCCUGUUUCUUUUUUCCAAACCAUUUACCAUGUGCUUGGGGAUUUCUACCCUUUUCUGUAGUGAUAGUGAAAGGAUCUAAUAUAAACAAGAGUGCCCAUUCGCCUGAAUGCAGUGAGUAACUGGGAAUUUCAAGUAAAAGUCUGGCUCCCAACUCUUUGCCCAUGUCUGCUUCUCAUGAUUUUGCCCCAACAGGAAACGGUAACAAACACAGACAGCGAGUCCAUUGACUCUUCUACUGCACUGUUGAGCUACAGGCCCCGUUAUACCACAACUCUCCUCAAGGACAUGUUAACCAUUUGGCCCAGCUGGCUCCUAGGGAAUAUUUUUAUUUAAAAUGAUUUAAAAAGAAAAAAGAAGCUACAAAUUCUCUGUCUCUGAGAAUCCCCGUCUAGUGCAGUUGUUCUUAAGAAGUUCAGGCUCCAUCCCAGACCUACUCAAUCAUCAGAGAUCCUGUGAGGAUGGGGCCAGAUGUGUAUAUUCUGGUAAAAACUCUUCAGAUGACUUCCGGUAUAUCACAGAGGUUGAGAAGCGUGGGACACACUGCUUCUAGUGUAAUCUAGUUUUUAAAACUCUGAAGGGGAGGCUCAUUUCACCCAAAGCAGCAAAGGUGAGACGACAGGAAAAAUAAUAAAACCACCCCCCAAACCAGCCAUUCAUUACAGGGCAUAAAAGAGUCUAUUGACAUUACAUGUCUCUGAAAAUCUUUUAAAUCUUUAGGGAAAGUUAACAGUAAGACAAGAUUUGAAGCCUUUGUACUAAGGACUUCCCGUGGGAAGUUUCUUUCUUUACCAUAAUCAAGUAAUUCAUAUUUAGAGUCAAAUGUUCAAUAGCAUUUAUAAUGUCGAGCAUUCACCUUGCUACCUUUAAAAACAUCUCAGAGUUUUAAGUGGCCUUGUUGUUAUACACGUGAUUAAAAAAAAAGGACUUGGCAAUUUAAAAGCCACAUAUAUUCACUUUUAUUUCCCUAAAUUUGCUUUACAUGACACACAGACAGACAUACAGCAAACCCACAUAUUGCUGGUACUAACCUACAUUUCAUGGUGUUGGCAUAUUACCUUUUUCUUCAAUCCUGACUUCAAAAUCUAAGUACAAAUCCUUUGCCUAGUGCAGCAGGGGAAGGAAUUACAUCCUUUUUUCCUCUCCUACAAAAACACAUUAGUAUUUUAUUAGUGUCAUUUUCCUCUAUGCUUACUCAAUAGACAGACAGUGUGCUGUUACACCAUUAUGUACCUUAAAGAAAGGAUGACAGCAAAGUUGUUUACCAUAUACAAGGCAUUUUCUUUCUGGAAAUGAUGGCUCAGCCUCAUGGUAGCAGCUGGCAUGUGUGGUGAAGUGUGGAUAGUUGUACUUUUGCAAGUUGGAGUUAAUAUUAUAUAUAGUGGACCUUCAGACUGUUAAGAAUCAAUGGAACGUUAAUUUUUUUUAUGGCUAUGAGAAGCAAUUAAUAUUCCACUGCAUGUUUUCCACAGUAAUGUUCAUUUCUAAAUCAAAUAUGUAGACAUUUGUUAGUUUCAAUGAUUUCCUCACUAAUAUAACACUUCUUAAUAGGAAUCUUUCCACCUAGAGCCCUGGAAUUAUACUGCUACAUUAAUUCUUCUGCAUUGUCUUUUUCUGUCAUCCUGUCAGCUUUGAAUAAUAUCACAGUAAUUGCAGAGAACAGGUGAAUAAAUCAGAUCAUUAACAAAGAAUGGUAGACAAGUCAACUCUGUACUGGCUUACCUACCACUGAUCCCAUACAAAGGAGGAGAAAUACCUCAGUUAAAAAAUUUCCAUCAAAAUCUUUUUAAGAGUAUACUGAGGAAAGUAUACUGGACGUAAGUCAUAGCACUUACUUUCAACAACUUCUAAAGGCUACAUGUUUAAUAUUUCAUGUAAAAAUUACUCCUACUUUGCACUAAAUACCAAUGAAGUGUUAUUUUGCUUUAGUUGUGUUGCAGUCUUUUCUGACCAACAAACUAUGGGGGAAAUUCUAUAAAGCAUAUAAAAACUUCAAAACUUAAAAGAAAUGAAUGAUUGCUAGUUAAAUACACAAGCUUUUUUUUUUUUUUUAAUUUAAACAAACAUACACUUCUCCUGGCAAGGUUAUAGAUGAUUAACCUCUGUUCAUAAGACAUAUUACAAAACUAGAGGUUUUUUCUUUACUUUUUUAAUUUUUCAAGUGCAAUUGUUUCUUAUAUAUUAAUUACUAUUAAAUUAUCAUUUUAGCCAGUUAUUAGCAAAUUGUAGUAUGUAUUCAUUGUCUCUUCUUGUGAUGUUUAGUUUUAAUUGCUUAUUUUAAAGCAGAAACAUUAGUUACAAGUGUCUUGCAAUAUUUUUAUCAACAAUAAAAUGAAGUAGAGACUUAACAAUAAAAAUACCUUAGUGUGAUUUUAUUAUUAUUUUGAGAUUUUGGUUGUAUAAAGUUUUAAUGUAAAAUGUCCAUUAUUGAAGGAAAAAGAUCUUUCAAUAAAAAAUACCCACAAGAUCUUUGGCACUGAUGGAAUUUCAAGCUGAAGUUUUUAUUGAUUUCAAUGACCAUCUAUAGAAAGCUUGUAUUUAUACAGCUUUUGUUGAGAAAGAAAAAUUUCAAGGCAUUUUAUAUGGUACCUUAUUAUACUUUUAACUAGAUGUUUUCGGAGAAAAAUAAUGAUUAGGGACAAAUAAAAUGUUUAUCUCAAUCCUAAAUUGGAACUGAAUGGUCUGGCAUCUCAGACAAAAUGAUCCUACAACCUCUUUACUCAAAGCGUGGGCCAUGGAACAACAGCAUGGGCACAAGCCAAGAGCAUGUGAGAAACGCAGCUUAGGGCCGCAGACCAGACCUACUGACUCACAAGGCCAGACAAGGGCAAAGUGAGUGACGUGAGCAAGGCACUUGCCUUUGGUGUCAAAAAACCAAGUAAUUAAGAGGAAUGCUAUUUUAAUGCAAUAUUUUAAAGAUCAAGGUUAACGCAAAUUCCAUGAUGAACAAAUACCAAAAUUUUAAAUAAAGACAGGGUCAGUAUUACUGAUUUUUCCUUUUGCCUCAGUCUCCAGUGUGGCUAAGCCAAGCCCCCCUCCUUCCAGCCCUCUCAAUUGGAAUGUGCAUUUAGCAAGAGCUCCAGGUGGUUAAUACAUUAAAGACGAAUCCGCACGGGUCUAAAACCUGGCAGAAGAUAUGUUCUUUUGGGCCAGCCAUGGCCUCAAUCCCCUUUCUGUGUUUGUGGAAAUCUCUACCUUGUGGGUCUUGGUAGAGGGCAGCACUCACCUUCUACCACAGCUGAAAUGCCUGUUAGGUGCCUUCCUAUACUCUCUCGUGGGCAUAACAACAUGUUUCACUUCAAAUUGGAAGGGACUGUGGUUUGGGAGCAACUGACCAAAAGAUGGGACUGUGAGGAAGUCUGGCAGUGGUAGGAAACAGUGUCCAGCAUUAGUGGGGUCAGCCAUAAGGUAAGCAUUUAGAGCCUCAAGGACAGCAGCUGUCUUCUGGCCGAAAUGAUAUUUCAGGCAUUCAUUGUUUCUGGCUGUAUAUAGCUCUAGCCCUCUCUGUAAUUCUGCAAGAGACUCAAUAUUCUUUUAAAAAUUCAUUCUGGAGGCCAAGACAGUGGAAUAGAAAGACCCUGAGCUCACCUUCUUUCAUGGGCACACCAAAAUCACAACUAUUUGCAGAAUAACCUUUGAUGAAAAAUACCAGAACCUUCCAGAAAAGAUCUUCUACAACUAAAGACAUAAAGAAGGAAACACAACAAGAUGGGUAGAAGGGUAGGAUUUGCGAUAUAGUCAAGUCCCAUACCCCUGGAAGGAAGACCCAAAUAUAGGAGAAUAACUACAUUGCAGAGGUUCUCCCAAAGCACUAUGAGGUCUGAGCCCCACAUCGGGCUCCCCAGCCCAGGGGCCCUGCACCAGGAAGACAAGCCUCCAGAGCAUUUUGCUUUGAAGGCCAGUCAGGUUUACUUUCAGGAGUCCCAGAGGGCUGGGGGAAAGAGAGACUUCAUUCUUAAAGGGCACACACAAAAUCUCACAUGCUCCAGGACCCAGGGCAAAAGCAGUCAUUUGAUAGAAGCCUGGAUUAGACCUACCUGCUGAUCUUGGAGAGUCUUCUAAAGAGGCAGGAAGCAGCUGCAGCUCACCCUGAGGACGUAGACAAUGGCGGCAGCCAUUCUUGGGAGUUCCUUCUACCACGUGGACAUUGGUGUUGGCAAGGGCCAUUGUCGAAUCCUCCCUUUGGUUUUUAGCCCCAAGACCCAGCCCUGCCCUGGCCGUACUGUCCAGGCAGCCAGUUCUAGCCUCUGGACCAGCCUCAGCCACCAGAGGGCAGACACCAGAUGCAA